AUGGAGGCCAAGGCGGGCAGAGGAGGGGAACCGCAGCUGCAACCACACACUAGCAUGAACGAGUCUGCGACACCGCCAAUAGUGAACAGCUUCUCGAAAGCGUCGACUGCGUCGGUCAACACAGCCACGAGUCUGCUUCAGUCGAGUGACGGCGAAGAUGACAACAGAGCACCAAACUCGGCUGCAUUGUCGACCGACUCCGCGGUGCCGAGCAGCUCUAUCGCCAGCAGCAGCUUCUCGAUGUUCUCGCAGAGCACGACGACGCGCCGGGGUGAGGAGGGACGAAAAGAAGAGGGCGGAGGGAGAGGCAGUGCAGCAUCGCUGGUGCCGACCCUGACGAAGCGGUCACGUGCGUUGUCGUCGUCGCCAGCGGCGACACGCACGAGCAUCCCCGCUGAGUUCACAGCACCAUUUGUGAGCCCGGCUCCCACGCGGCCUGAGGGACCUCUACCCCUUCUUUUUACUGCCGCGCUAGUUGACGUGGCUGCAGUGCCGGCUUCUACUGCUGGCCCUCUCGGUAGUGCCAUAGGCACCAACGCGCCAAUGCACGGGCACCCGUUGUCCCCGUCGCCCACCGCUCCGCCGUCGUCUACACCCUUCCUGGUGGCCCCAGCGGAGGUGCCGAUACCUUCGGUUGGCGAUGCCGCCGAGGAGGGCUCUGCGCCUCCCGCCGCGCCAGCAACACUACCGGCAAAUGCAGCCGCAGCAGUAGACGAGAAGGUCGUCGAUGCCGGCGCUGCGAAGUGUGUCACGGAAGACGACGAGAGUGAAGGUAGUGGUGCCAGCGCAUCACGCUCGCUGCGCGGUGACAACGGCGUCCCUAUGGACGGACGGGCGGAGACGCCACCAAACGUCGAACAGCCUCCUGCACUCCUGAGCGAGUGUUUGCCCGCGACAUCGAUGGAGCCGCCGCCACCCCCAUCGCAUGCCUCUGCAGAUUCAGGUGCGAAGCACAGCGAAGGCCAUUCAAGUGCGCCCGACGGCCCUCCCCAAGCGCCGCCCUCUGCCCCGGCACCCUUCCUUCGCGAGUCGCCGGAGGAACCGCCAAGUCUAUUGCGCAUCGCCCCGGAGGAGCAGCUUCGUCACAGUGGGCGCCUGAGUGGUACGCAUGACAGCGGCAGCGACACGAUCGAGGAGGCGGCGACUUCCGGGGAUGAGGGUGGUGGCUGGGGCAUCCGGCGCCGUCCACGCCGCAGCUCUGCUCACCGAAGCGGAGCGGCCGCCGAGAGGGGCGAGGCGCAAAGUAAUGCACACGAGAGCUCUGGGAGAUGUGGGCAACUGCGCAGUAGCGGACGUCGUCGACGCACCCGAGAGCUGGACACGGAGGCCUCCCACACGUCCCCGCUGCACGCAUCCGAGAGCCGGUCGCAUCAAGAGGGCACCCCUGUGUGCGGUGCGUUUCCAUCCUCCACCGCCGCACUGGACGCAUGUCUGACCUCCAUGGUGGGUGCUGCUGCCAAUGACGUACCCCAGCAACCAGCGGCACACCAGCACUCCAGUUCUUCUUUCUCCGCGUUUACUCACGCUCAUGCGGCCAACAUGCAAGCAAGCACAGCAGGACCUUCACUCUUCGCGGCCGAUGUACUGGCCAGCACCCACACUACGGCGGUCUCCCCUACGCAGUCAAGCCUGUUGCCAGCCCAGCGCCGUCGCAGCCCAAGCGAUCUACUGUCCAGCGGCUGGCCGGACGCGGUCUUCCAGGUCGGCGAGGACGAGGGUGAUGGGGUCGCUGCUCCUGAAGGCGAGGCGCUGCAGUCAUCCACGCAGGCGCAAGGGCAGCAGGGGCAGGAAGAGCGCGCAUGUACUGAGGACGAUAUGGCUGGUAAGGCAACAGUCGUCGCCAUUGCUGCCGGAGAGAUGUCAGCGCCACCAUCACUGUCGCCUGCGACGCACGUUCGAGAGGCCGCUGCUGUCGCCGUUGCACCGCUGCUUCUGCUCCCCAAGGAACACCAGGGAGACACGCGCGCAGAGGCGCUUGCGUCAGCGUCUGCUUCAACUUCGCUGUCAACCCCAGUCGUUGCGAUGGCUAGGGGUGCUAUGUCUCUCAACGGAGGGUUGUCAACCACGGCAGCGCCGGCGUUGUCGACAGCAGUGCUACCCGCUCCUGCGCACCCCUCGCCUUUUGGCUCAUCACCUUCUGCACCAGCAGCGUCGCAUCCCCCGCCACGGUCCACGACACACCACCAGCCGCCGCCGCCCUCGUCCCCCGCAGUAGCCGCACUGGCACCCUCGUCCGCCACGGAAAAGGAAGCGGAGGCUUCCCGUGGGGUUCAUGAUGUCGGCCGUGCCGUGGCCACGUCUGCCUCUGCAGCUUCCAUAGAGCCAGCUGCUGUGCGUACAGCGCUGCACCCCGUGCCUAUCUCACCAGCACUUCCCGUGCCUGCCGCGACCGCUACUGCAGCCGCCGGCUUCAUUGGAGAGCCGCACAGGGAAGCGUAUCCCGCAUCUCUUUUGUGCAUUAACCGGCCCAUCUCUCUGGGCGGGGCCGUCGGCGACAGCGGGUCUGUUGAGACCGCAGGUAGCUUCGCGACGUUAAAGAGUACCGUGGCGGGACACAACCGCCUCUCGUUGGGUAGCGUGCGCAGCAAUGCGAUGGUGGGGCAGAGGCUGUUGUCCAUGGCGCAGUUUGCGGAUCGCUGGACAUGGUCAGAAGAGGGGAGUCGACACGGCAGCGACGCGGACAACUGCAGCAACCGCCGCAGCGGCAAAGAGCAGGAGAGCACGGGAUCGUGGCCGUCGCACACUGCCGCAAACCCCCGCCAUGAGGACGACAGCAGCGGCAGCUGGUACUCUUACAGCUACGGCUCCGCGUACAGCACUGAGGACAUUACCGGCAGCACGACGCGGGGCCUCUGCUCUUCCGUCACCGUUAGCGCGCCGUGUCUGCAGGAUGAACGAGAAGGGGCAGUAACCGGAGGCACGGCAGCAGCCUCAGGCACGGAGAUGGUCAAUCUAGUCGAGUACGAGGAGGUCACCCCCAUUGUCCGUGGCCAAGGCGGCUUGCUAGGCUGGCUGUGCUGCGGCCGCCAGAAAGCCACGGGCGGAGUGCGCCGGAGCCGCAUGGAAGUGCACCGUGUAUGCUUCACAGCGGAGGACACCCGCCGAGACCAUUCCAUAGGCCUUUCUGCCCUGCAUGCAGAGCAGCACAAGGACCUGCCAAGGCGCGAAGGCAGUACGGCGUCGCCGGUGGCGACAGCUGGGGCUGUGCGAGCGAACAUCACGACGCGCAGCGAGGACAAGGCGGAGAGGCAGGCGGCGUUCGGAGGAAUGAGAAGCGGCGGCGCCGUUGGCAGCGAAGGCAGCGGGCCUCCGAGGGGACUCGGGAGCGCGACGGAGACACCACACAGCAGUGAAAAGGACACUGCUGAAAGCGUCGACGAAGGCGUGGACGAGGCUGCAGCAUAUGCCGGUUGUAGAGGCAGCACGAGCAGCUACGCCGACGGUGAGGCGCCGCUCAUUAGCCGGGCCAAUACGUUAGCUCCGCCUCACGACGGUGCUGAAGAGAUGAACGAGGGUGACAGCGGCCUUCGCAGUCAUGGCGAAGAGGCCGAGACGGCUCCUGCUGCUGCCGCUGCGGCUGAUCAGAAGAGAACACCUCCACCUGGCGUAGUAGGCCAGGCCGCUUGCAGCAGCUCCGUGUCGGCGCCGUUUGCGAAGCUGGAUGUGGCGGUGAGCGUGAACACCAAACUGUCUUCUUCGGCGCACUGCUAUGCUGAAGCUGACGGCACCCACUACCCCGGCGGCGUGGGCGUACUGGGAAGCGAUGGCAGUGUGCCGGGGGGCGACGCGUCAGCUCCUUCUGCAGCCACAGACGCCGUCGAGGCUCCCGACCACCACAAUCGCGCUGUUGGUUGUACGGGAAGAGGAGGCGGAGUGGAGGAGAGGGAGGAAGGUGCGGCAACCACUGCCUCCACUGCACCUCAUCCGCUGUGGGCACUCUUGGUGUCCACAGAGGAGCUGCCUCGGCUGCGCGCGUGGGACGCGGAGCCGCCUGUUGCCGCGAGCACCUGUCGCUUGCACCAGGAGCGGGAGGCGGCGCGACUUGAGGCCAAGUACAACGAGGAGGCGAUCGCAGCUGCCGAGGAGGCGCAGCAGGCUUUCCACCAGGCGGUGCAGGAGCUGAUGGUGCGCCCACCUCGACAGUGUGUUUUUGUUUCGGUGCACGGGCUGCGGCACUGGUGCUCAGCGCUGCACUGCCUGCGGCAGGCGCCCAGGGCGGGCUUGGCAAACGGCGCAGCGGCCGCGCUAGCAGGGGUGUGGCGCGACGCAUGGGGCGGCAACGCGCAAGCAGGCGCUCCGAUCAUAGAAGACCCCAAGUGGAUGGACGUGCGGCUCGCUAUAUACAUGCACAACAGCGCCGGCGAGCGUCUGCUGGCGGCUGGCUCCGUCUUCUCUCUGCCAUCAAACCUGGAGGCGCUGCGGCGCUGCCUGGGAUGCGGUGACGGUGGCGGUGGUGACGGCAUUGUCGAGCACCCUUCCACGGGUGGCUACGGGCGCGACAGCUGGUCCGACCUGCUUGUUUUUCAGCUCCCAGAGAGUGCGUCUGAGGGCUCUGCCGAAGGCAUGCAGCAGGCGGAGGUGCGUGAUCACGACUGCAUCGUGUCCAUCACAUCAGAAUGCACAACAGGACACUGCAGCGACCGCGGUGACGGCGGUGGUGCCGCACCAAGUCAUCGAGCCUCGGAAUGUGGCUUGCCAGGUUGCGGAAAUCUUGGCUCUCUUGGCGGUUGUGGAAUCCUGUACGUGAAGCUUGAGGAGCGGGACGAGCGCUGGGUAUCUCUGGGUGAUGCGUGCGCCGGUGCUGCGGCGACGCGGGCAGGCGAAGCGGCGUCUUGUGGAAUACGCGCACACUCACCUGUCAAGGAUGCGCGGCCGGCUACCGCAGCCGCCACCACCAUCGGGGGUGGGGCCGAGGGCCUCGUGACGUCAUCCCAACAGGAUGAGGAGAACACGCCCCAGUUGAGUGUGGGACGGCGGACGGAGCCGUCUUCGCCGUCGUCGUCCUUACCACUCGCAGGGGAAGCAGCGCCGCCCUCUUCCUCCGCUAGCGAGACCAAAGCGGGCCGUGACUGUGCGCGCCAUGCCAUUGGGGCCACGGCAGACAUGGACAGUGUGCACGUUCGAGCAUCGGACGACGGUGGCGCCGACGAGCGUGCACAGGCGACAGGGACGCGACUUGAGGAGUGCUGGCGGCCCUUGGCAGUCUCACCGCCACUUUUACCGGCAGACUUGUGCCAGCUCCAGUCGGAUCAACCACCGCUGCACACCGCACUCGGGACCACGGAGGAGGCAGCAGCGAGCGCUGUCGCAUGCCCUGGGCAGCUCUUGCCACAGCUAUCCUGCCGCCUGCGCUGGGCGCAGGAGCCGCAGCCCCGAUUUAGAGCUGCACCGGAGCCCGCCCCACGAGUACCACCUGUAGAGCAGGGUCUGUCAGCCUGGGCAUCGUUGGGGACCGCCAUCAAGGAGUAUGAGCGCGUGUGCCGCUGCGCUUCCACCGAUGCCGUGUCGGCCGUCACAGCCGAGAACCACAAGCCGUUUCGGCCGCUGACAGUGCUGUGGAACACAAUCCCGUCGCACCUGGCCGCAGAAAAUGACAAGCUCCGAGAGGUGCGGAAGGCGAGUGUCGCCGCUGCUCCUUUGGAGCGCUGGUGCGGCGGGGAGUUGGCGCCGAGAGGGCACGCGAUGGAGGCACUGAUGGUGUGCUCUGUGGUGAUGCGGUGUGCCGCUGCGAUCCUCUUCGCCCACGAGUUGGCCGAUGUGCCAGAGAGCCGCUAUUGCCCACCAACGUCGAUUUCGGUCACUGGUGGCUGCGAUGGUGUGGUAGUCGAGGGGGCCGCCGCUGUAGGAGCUGACGACGCGCACGGCACACCUGUCGCGCAUCGCGCCCCGGUCAUGCAGUACAACAUUACCUUUCACACCGUCCUCACGCGUGACCCAGCCUCAUCGCUUCUCUUCACAGUGCACGGCGCCGCAUCGCCAGCGGACGUGUUCGGCUUUGCUGUGUGGACCCCGUUCGACGCCGCCUCUGCGGCGCAUGUGCAGAGCCGCCAUCGCCAUGGUGAGGACGCGGGCGUCGGCGGCGUGGCAGAUGUGUGGCUUCCACUUUUCGCUCCUGCCAGUGCUGACGCCACACCACUGGCGUCGGUACCGGCGCAGCAGCGGAAGGUUGCGUCGUCCGGCGUCUCUUCUGCCACGCUAUCAAGCACCAACAAGGGCCACAAGCGUAGCACAACCGGCCUACUGCUCGUUGGCUGGCUUCACUGUGACGUGGAAGCCGUGUUCUUGCCGUCGCUGGCCGAGACAGCGGUGCAGCAGCUGUGGAACGGGUCGCAGCGCAGCUUCUCCUCCCUCGCCGCUGCGGCCGGAGGAGAGUCAGGGCACGACGGGUGCUGCAUGGGGCAUGGCAUCAGCGUUGAGGACGACACCUUGGUGGACUUCAGCGUGAUGGAGGGAGCUGGCCUGCGGCCCUUGGCCACGCCGUUCGGCAUGCCACUCUCGCCGACACCGCUGCGCUGGGACGAUUCUGCAACAUGGGGGAACAAUGGCACUUGUGCGCACGUGUACUGCGAGGUACUGGCUUUGCGGCGGCAGCAGGGGACCAGCCACCAAGUCCCACGGUGGCCGCCCCACGCGGCUGGCGUCUUCGCCCUCGCGUCGUCGUCAUCGGCGGCUCGCGCCGCCGUGUACAGGCCCCACAGCUCCGGCUAUCGCCUCAGAGCCGCGGCGCGCGCUGACUUCGAUGCCAUGAGCUUCGCUUCAGAGUCGGAUGGGCAUGGUCAGGUCGCGCGCCGCGUUCCGCUAAGCGACAGUGGAGAGGAGGUUGAAGUGCGAAGCGCCUACGAUACCAGGACUUGGACCAGCGUUACAGGCGCGGUGCCCAACGCGGUGCUGCCCGUCACGGACUCUGUCGCACACACAAAUCAUCCUCGCUGGGAGCACACAUUUCGUUGCGGCCUCGCAUUGUUGUCGAGUCUUCACCUUCGCGUGUUCGACGUUUGCCAGCACCGUCGUGGUGGCGACGGCAGUGAGACGAAGUCGCAGGCCGAGGAGAGGGGCUCUGUGCGGGCACGGCUCAGCGGGGCGUCCGGGGGACGGGCGAGGCUGCUCGGCACCGCAACUGUGUCGAGUUGGCUGCUGCGAAGACUGCUGUGUCGGCCAUCUGGCGAGGGGUGUGCCUGGCUACCUUUACUGUGGAGCCCCGGGGCGGCUGCCGAGUCAAUGACAGCCUCCGUCACGGCUAAUGGCAAAGGCAGCUUUCAGCAGCACUUCUUCCCUGCUGUGUGCAACGGCUUUGUGCUGGUCGAGUGGCGCCGCGUGCCUCAAGCCACCGCCGUGGCGCGGUUACCGUGCACUAGAGGAGCGAGCUCAUGGUGCGCCUCAGUCACACGCCGCUUGCUCGACAGCGAAGGUCGCCACACGACGGCGUCGGCAGCGCGCAGAAGAUUAUUCCUUGGGACAUUCAAGAAGUUGCACGAUUUUCCGCAGCGCUGGUAUCAUCCAAUGCCCUCACCUGGGACCGAGCCGAACAGUGUGACAGCGGUGCCCACGGCUUACUCGCGCCAACUGGGGUGGAUAACCCCUGAGGUUGUGCCGUGGCUGCGGAUUCACGAGGUACGACUGCAGUGGCCCUGGCUGCAGCAUCUCCUCUGCAUGCAUGGUGGACAGGCGCAGCUCUCGCUGCGUUACCGUGCCGCACAAGGUGAGACGCGCCUACUUGCGCAGUGCUUGUUGGUUCCGUUGUGCGAGCUGGCAGGGCCUUCGACGAGCACUGUUUGCGGAGGCCGGCCAUCACGCGUGCACUCACGCGAGACGCGCGACGUAGCUGCUGUGUACGGCAUGGUGCUCUCCGCUGCGCCAUCGGAUGACACUGCUCCGUCACCCAACGCGGCGGCUGCAGCGGAGGCGACCCUGUGCCUUCCGGCGACCCCGUUCAUCGAGGUGCAGGUAUGGUGGUACCCCCGCCACGGUACCGGCAGCGCGGCGGACUGCGGCUUGGAUGUGCCGCCUCGUUUCAUUGGUCGGGGCGAGUGGCGCUUUCCCGCGCACGAGGCGGCUGCAGAGGUGCGAGGGGUGGUUGCAGGGACAGACCAGGGAGCGUUUGAGGAGGCGCUGAAUGCUCGGCCGACCACGGCAGAUGCGGCAGAUAUCGCAUGCCUGAGCGAUGGCGAAGAGGAGAGCGAGGCUGCGAGGGGGCCGGCGCCGCUGCCGACGGCUCUCCGCAGCUUCUUCACCCCACAUGAGGCGGACUUACGCGUGGCGCCGGUGCACAGCACCGGUGUGCCGCAGCAUGUGGAGGGCGGCGUGCUGACGUGGCGUCUCAUGUCCGUUCCUCGGCUGUUGUGCAAUGGCUGGGGUGAGGUGCCCCCCGCGAUGCCACGCCCGCUGCCCGAGUCGUCGUCCUGCGUUGCGGGGCCGUGCGGAGACGUCCGUCGUCCGUUGCGACCGUCCCCGGCUGCGGUGCCGGCCUCUACUUGGGUGUGGCCAGAUGUUGGCACGCCAGCAGUAGUGCAUGUCCAGGUGUGCGACAUGAUUUGCUUUGACGACACGGAUGGGCCGGGCAUCGACACCGCGCGAGCCACCGCAGCUGUGCAGAUUGCAGUGAGCGGCACCACGUGCGUCGGCUCGUCGACACAGACACCGCCCGACGAGUCAGCGGCAAUCACUGGGGCGAGGUGCUGGAUGUACCCUGGAGACGCCCCACCACCUGACGCCCCUCGUGUGGCGUACGCCUUGUCUCCGGUCUACAAUACGGCCGCGAAUGCGACGGAUACCGGGAGCAACAUGGGCGGUUACCAGCAGCAGCAUCAGUUGCCACCCUCGCAGGCUUCGUGGGCGUUGAAGACGCCGCUGCGGCCGCCGCAAGCGACCGCGGUAGCAGGCAGUGGCGAGAAGAGUGCAGCGCGCAGUGCCAUGCCGGGCGUUGGAGCAUCUCGCUCUCCGACAGUGGAGGUGCAGUGGCCACCACGUCGAUUUGGCUGGGUCGACGACGCACCGCCAUCUCUCUCUGUGUGGGUGAUGGCGCCUCCGUCGUUGUCGGGGGGCGCCGGGGCAGCGGGCGACACAGCCGCGGCGGCGGCGAAGGAGCGCGUGUGGGGAGCCGUUCGAUUACCGGGGCUGGCCGCUUUUACGAGUACCUCGGGCGUGCUGUGGCUGCCACUCUUCCAAAGUUAUGCCACGCCCGCUCUGGCCGCUGAGGUGUCGCGCUGUGCUGCCGCUGCAGAAGACGUGGCUCUGAGCAGCAGCAGUAGCAGUGGCAGCAGUGGCAGCGGCGCCUGUACCGGUACUGGUGAACAUUGCGGCGCAGUCUCGCCUCCACCACCGCCCUCAACAGUGGAGCGGGUACACGGCGGCAUUGCUGUGACAGCUCUGCCGCAGUCAACUCUGGCUUCUGGCGAUACGCCGGACUCGUUGGUGAUGGUGGCCGCGCCGCGCGCCGCGAUCGUGGUGAGGCACGUCGGCUUCGUCGCGGUCCGGUACGCACACAACAUGCAGAGGCGCGCGGCUGACGCCGUCACGACCGGCGGAACGGAGCCCAGCGCUGCUGGGCCGCGUGUCCUGCUGGUGCGUGCCGGGUCAUUACAUCGACGCUUUCCUGUGGCUGUUGCUGCUCGCCAUCCCCUCUCUUACCCCUCAUCCCCUCCGCCUUCCGAGUCGUGCACGCCGGUGUCGGAGGCGCCGCUCACACCGCCGUCUGACGCCGCGCUCACACAUUGCAAUGCGGCAUGGUCAGCUCUUCCAGCUGCCGACAACGCUGCGGACACUGCUGCGGCGACAGGCGCUCUCUUGGGCAACGCCAGCGGUGGUGCGGAUGUGCUUCUAGGCUUCGAGGCGCAUCAGCUGUCGGUGCGCACGUCUGACGCUGACACUGGCCGGGAUGAUUCACGUGAGGCAAGUAGCUUGAGCGGCAUCGCCAUUUUCCCUCUUCCACAGCGCGACGCGGGCGAUGGCGGCUCACUUCAGCUGCGUGUGCAGUCGCGGGUGGGUGCUUCAGCGGCAAUGGCCACCAACACCAUGUACUUCGAUCCCGGCGGCGAUGAAGCGACGCCAGAGAGUGCCCAGUGGGUGCCGCUCGUGGUGCGACGCCGUCUUCACGAUGCGUACGGUGCUGGCUACGAUGGCGAAGGCGAGAGUGUGGUGGCUGAGCUUCUCGUCCAAUGGCGGGUUGUGGAUUUGUCCGCCGCCACCGCCCCGCCGCGCUCGACCUUCUUACCGACGUCGCUGCAGUGUCUUGUGCGAGAGUGCUGCGGUGGCGGCGGUGCUUCCUGCUCUUACACGGUUCUCCCAGCACUGUCCGCAGCAGCGCAGGUGCACCAGAAUCCACUAGUGCAAAGUUGCGCUGGCGUUCAGAGGCGUGCAGGCUUUUUGGAGUUGCCCGGCAGGGAACGAAGAGGACAGGACACGAUCACCGCCGAGCAGGCGUCACGAGUGCUCUCACGUGUGCUGCGCACAAUCCAGCCCCGGCGCCGCCGGUGCGUCUAUUUGACACUGGACCAGCUGCUCGUGCAGUGUAGCGUGCGUCAGCGGCGGAUGUGGGCGGCACUGCAACGAGGAACGACCGCAUCGCCGCAGGAGAUGUUGGCGGAUGGCGGAUACGAUGACGCCGCGUCAGCACCAAUUCGAUUUCGGUUGGAGGUGCAGCUACGGUGGCCUGUCGAGUGGAGCGCGGUGUGGCGCGGCAUCGCAUCCUUGUCGCCGCGGCGCAUGCCACGGGAAACUGAGAUUGGCGCGGCUGCGAGCUUGCCUCCUGCAGCUGCCGCUUCCGCAACAUCAACAGCGGACACGGUCUUUCUCAACGUGUGGGUCGACAGCGGAGAGGGCGUCUUCGCGGAGAGCAGUUCUCCCGCUGCUCCCGGUGCUGCUGUUGCCGACGAGGCGGCGGCAUAUGCGUCAGAGGAGUGCCUCCUAUCGUGUGCGUCUCUGCCCCCGCUGUGCUUGGUCUUGCCGUCUGCGGAGGACAUCGACCACCUACUCGGGGACCUGGGGCUUGCGGCGCGCUUCUGCCUGACGUUCGCUCUCUUUGCCGUUCCGCAGUGGCGGGGUGACAGGGACGCCCGCGAGAGGGAAGCGUCUGACGUGUGUGUCGGCACUGGCCGAACGCCCAUGACGUUUUCUCCAUCGAUGCAGUUUGGCCUCACAUCGCUUCUACCAUCUAUUAGCAGCAGGAGUGGCGGCGGGCCGCCGUGUGCGGACGCCGCAGGCGCGGGUGCGAAGGGCGGUGUAGCAACGGUGCCACCGUUACUCCGCUGGCGCGCGCGCGUGACGGAGUCGCUGCCAGUGCCCUCACCAGCGUCGUCAAUAUUGUGCAUCUCGCCGAAGGUGCGAGACCUCGCAGUCGCCAGCGGCACGGCGAUGGGAGACGACGGAGCACGAUGCGGCGAGCAGAUGCCGUCAUGGUCGCGCUCCUCUUCACCGGUCAGCUCUUCCGCGGAAAAAGACGAGGUCAUCGAGGGUGACGGACACACCCGAGCCGCAGGGGCCACCGCUGCAUCACUGCUGCCGCGCACACCAGCGCUGGCGCACGUCGCUGUCACGCGUAUCGAGCUAUGUGGGGUCGACGUCAGCCUUGCUCGUGGGGCGGCGCAGCGCCAUCGUCGCGCGCUUCCUCCCGCAACGGUGACGGUGAUGACGACGGACGUCACAGACGCUGCAGCCGCGCCCACAGAUCGAAGAGGUGGCGCGGCCAACGCAGUGUCGACCGUGCUCCAGCUACUGCCGUGCCUGCUGUCUCCCAGACCCACUGCCGCGUCUCCACCGAUUCACGCCACCUCAACGCCGUCGUUGCCCAUGACACGGCUGGACCAAACACAGUCAGUCCCGCCGCCGCCGCAGCGGUACAUGUGGAGCACUGAUGUGUGCAUUGCCGCACCUGUGUCGCAGCUCAUCUUUUACGUCAGCGUGCCCGUCGCCGCACUGCGUUCGGCGCGCGUGGAAGAGGCGUGGUUGCCGCCGAGGAGCCACUCGAGUGAAGCUGAGCAGCAGGACGCAGCCGCACAGAGUGUGGACGCGCACUGGCGAUCGCGGCACGGCGAUGAGGUGAACGUGGUGGGCAAGGCAGCGUACGCAUUGGACCUGUUGGCUCAAGUGGAAGGCGCACGACGACCUUGUGAUGACAGUCGCCGUGUCUCAGCGGCACAGACGGCUGAUUGCGCGCGUGAUGUCGUGCUGGAGGUGGAGAGCCUUGUGCACGGCCGCUGUCUCGGCCGCCUCUGGGUCCAGGUGGACAUCGCCGCUGCCGACCUGCUGAUGCGCGAUGCAGCCUCAGUCUUCUUCAUCUCGCGCAUGACCCUCAGUGUUCAGCGCUGCAGCGGUUUCGCCGUUGGUGAUGUGCCGCUAACCUACCGCGCGGAAGAGACGUACGUGCGGCUGCGUGAGCGGGCAGCGCUGCUGUGCGAGAGGCGUGGCAGGCUUCCACGGCGACUGCGCCAGCAACUAAACGAAAUACGCCAGAUUCGACGUCAGUUGCGGCAGGGGCAAAUACAGCAGCGUGACGGUGUGCUCGCCAGCCAUGCAGCUCCUUCCACAGCGGGGGUGGUGCGGCUGACGUCUGCGUGGGGCGAGCAAGACACUGGCGCUUCGUCGACAUACACAUCCAAGCCCUUUGCGCUGCCGACAGCGACGGAGCUGGUGCGCCGCAGAUGCAGGGCAACAACGUCGUCAUCAUCGACGUGUGCGCCGCUGCUGUGCUUGUCGCAUGAUACGAAAACCGCACAAACCACAAACGACGCGACAGCGACCGUGCAGCUGGAGCUCUGCCAGGCGUCAAGCGGCGUUACCGUAGCUGCGGGACAGAUGGUGCUACCCCUGCGCUCCGCACGCACGCUGUGGCGCGAUGGCGCGUGGCAGCCGCCCGUGUCGACGGUCACUUCGCCGCUGUCGGUGCGUGUUGAUCUUCAGCCCUGCACGGUGAGCGAGGUGCACACUCCGCGCAUCCGCCCGGUGGCCCCGCCCGGAGGUGAGGCAGAGGUAACGGCGACGUGGGCGGUGCACCCCGCGCGCGGCGACACAUGGCUCACCUGCAUCUGUUUGAAACCGACGGUAGGCGGCGACGGUGCUGCGACGCCGCCUCGGCAGCUGUUGCUGCGAUGGGUCUACUGCUUCGAGGCCACAGCGUACCCGGAGACGGAGCACGCGGUCGAUAUGCCGCUGCACUUGAGGUCGUCCUCGACCGCCAACGACCAUGGCGGGAAAAGAGCGCAGACGCCGCAUGCUUGUCACCGCCUGAGGAACGGCGCACCAGUGUACUGGUCAGGGGCAGCCAUGCAGCUGCCGCGAAUCGGUGCGGUGGGGGCGACAAUCAAGCGGGUCGAGCUUCUGGAGGUGACCUCGGUGUCCUGCGCUCACCUCCUUGUUGGCGGAGAGGCUUGUGAGGUGACACAAGCGUCGCCGCUCCGGUCCAACCUGCCGACACGGGAUGCCUGCAUGACGGUGCGGCUCGCCGUGCAUGUGUGGACAGUAGCGGAUGAGCUGUGCUUUGAGGCGAGGCGUCGUCAGGCGCAGGACUCGGGCGAAGACGCGCUCGUGUGGCUAACCUGCGGGGGUGCCUCUGCCGCCGGCAGUCGUCGCUGCAGACCCGGCUACGAGGUGCUUCUGGGCCUCUAUACGAGCAACUCUCUGGCGAAGUGUGCUGCGCAGCUUCUGGAGCAGCGGGGGUUGCGAGCGACGGGUGCGGAGAUGCCCAUUGCACCACUCGCACUCGCGAUGCAGCCGCCGCGGUUGCCCCCGCAUACUGGCGUCACCACAUCGGUGGCGUGCAAUGCUGCAGGUCCUAUCAAGGCUGACGAGUCGUCAUCUCCGCCGACAGCGCCUCAUGUGCGUUGCCAUGCCUCGACGAGCCCAGCCAAAGGCGUCGUCGUCCCUGGUGCGGUCGGAAGUGGUGGCGGCGUUGCGAUGAGGGCCCUGACGUUCCGGUGCGGCGCCGCCGCACUCGCUACACUAGAGUUGGGGCAAGUAGACACGAUCUCAUGCUGCGUUCUCGCCGCACGACGUCGAUGCGACCGCGGCGCUGCUCUCCAUGUUCAUCAACCACCAUUGGCCGAGAACGGCAGCGGAGCCGUCGACCGCCCUGAGGCGUCCACUGUAGUUCUGGAUGCGGGCAGGGCGACAUCACUGCUACAGGAGCGGUGCUCUGCCGAGGACCUGCCACAGGCCGCCACAGGCUCUUCUCCUCCUCUCGCCUCUCCGCAGCUCACCGCCACGUGGUUGCCAACACUGGAGUUGUCACACUCGACAAUGGUAGCGCCGUGUGCGGCUGCAGCGCCACCAAGGGCAGAUGCCCACCACGGCACGCAGAAGGCGCGCUUGCAGGAGGUACGAGGUGCGUUGCUGCGCGUGAUGCUGCCCCUGGUGCAACCUGACCCAGUGGUCGCGGCAGCCGGCGACGGCAAGGCUGAUGACGAUGCCGGCAGUGACAGUGGCGACGAGGUGGCGACACUGAAGGAGGAGCAGUUUCGAAUCGAGGUGACUGUGCGAGGUCGCCGUUGCGGCGCCGGCGUCGACGAGGCGGCGACCACGGCGUACUACGUCUCCGACCCCUUGUGCGCAUCCGACAUCUUUCGUAGUGCCCGCAGUUAUGCUGAGCGGAACGGCAUCGGCAGCAGCGCAGACACGACGGCGGCCGCGGCUGGCGGCGACUCCCCGCUUUGCAUGUCCCCCUCGCAGUGGAUGUCAACGUUGGCGAUGCGCCUUGUGCCGGCGCCAGCGUCUGCUGGGACGACGGACUCAGCCGCCUGUGAGAGCAGCGAGAAGGAGCAGGAGACUGGGCCGCUGUCGCCUCGGAUGGACUCGACAGCAACAAUGGAGGUGACGUGGGCGUUGGACGUGCUCGGUGUGCUGCGAACCAGCGCCUGUGCUGCCGGUGUGGUGCUGGCCUCCGCGAAGUGCGCUCGCCGCCGCGCCGACCGCGAUGCUGGAGACGGGGCCCAUCGCACAGAGGCCGUCUUCGACUCGCUUGCACGCAUGGCUGAUGACACAGACGAGGACGACAACGCGGGAGGUGGUGGGGUGGGGAUGUGGGAGCUGGAGGCGUACGCGGCAUGGACCGAUUUUUUAGCGGCCCAGGACAGCGUGGAGAGGAUGCGGGCGGCGCAGGCGGACCUGCGGCACUGGCGUUGCACCAUCGUUGGGGUUGAGGUGUCGGGGGUCGAGUUGCCGUCGUGGUGCUCUACCGGGGUCAACACCGGCGCUGACACGGAGGACGAGGUGCACGAUACUGCCCAGUGCACAUCCCUUCUCGCCCAGCUUGUGCUUCCGAUGGGAGCGGCAAGGAGCGUGGCUGGGGCGGAUGCGGAGGGGCAACCGACGCAGGACAGUGCUGGCACGGGGCAUCAUCAUCGACGUCGUCUGCGCAGCAAGGGUGGGCUCGUGAUGGGCGUGGCCCGCACGACUGUGACUCGCAUGGAUCGCGACGCGCGUCUGGACACGGAGGCCGCACCGACCUCUUGCGACCGUGCUACAGUGAAGGGUGGCGCAUGCAGCGCACGAUCUGUUGCCCCCGUCAGCAGCAGCUCUCGACCACGGAGUCAUCGGUACACCGGCACCUUCACCCCACUGUCGUGGAGCAUGGCCGUGUCUGACAUGAUUGGCCAGGCCGCCGCCACCGCGCACAGAGAGGGGAAAGGAACAGCGGCGACAGUCGGCGGGGACCCCGCUGCGGGGAUCACUGUGUGGCGGCUCCUUGCUUGCGCCCCUCCUUCCUCAUCCUCGGCCAGGAAUAGCAUCGACAACAGCCGCAGCACCACGCAGAACACGACCCAGCUGGUCUACAACCUUGGUGCCACACAGCUCACCGACCUCCUCCACGAAUGCGCCUUGUACCUCGUCCAGGUACUGGCGCGCUGGCUUGGCGACGUGUACACAACGGAGGAACGGGAGGCGCUGCUGGAGGCGGCUGCUCUGUACCCCACGCAGUGGAUGCCGCUGGCGCCUGUCACGCCGAUCAUGGAUGGCACCCAAGGUAGCGCUCGCGUGCGCUUCAAGUGCGCCUACAGCUACCACGGACCUGUGUUGCUGUUGCCGAAGAGCCUUUCGACGGUGGUGCCGUCGCGCAUCACAGCGCCACGUGUCCUCGCCGACGCCGUCUGCUGCGCACAGCUCGAUCACAUGCAGCUCGUCUACACGAGCUUGGACGGAGCAGAGGUGUCCGCGGCCACUGCGGGGCCACACCGUCGAAAUGGCACAAGUGCCGCAGCGGCGUGGCCAAGUCGCUUGUCGCUGGUGAUGCGCGUUCUCGUCACCACGGAGAGAGCCGUGAACGGUGCUGUGGUUCAGUCUCGCAACGUAGCGCACUGGCACACGCAACUGACACCGGGGCCAUGCGGCAGCGCGCCGCUAAUCACCGAAGCGGUACGGGAGAGCGGCACGGUCGCUCCUUUUGCACCGGCGGCCUCCUCCCCCUCCUCCUCCCCCUCCGCCGCAACUCCGCAGCCCACGCCCGCACCGACAGCACCAGUGGCAACCCCUGUGCCGGUGACCGUCUUGCCAUCCGCGGGCGGGGCAGCGGAGUCGAUUCAGAAUAGAGGCGGCGAGGUCCGCCAGCGCAUCGUCACCGCCGCCUCAGCUGCCCCGUCGUCGGUGACGGAGGUCGUUCCUCUGCUGCCGACGACAUCCUUUUUCUGUUGGCAGCCACCGAGCCUGGAGGAGGCAAUGGAGGGUUGCAGUGCGGCGCACACAUCCGUCGCAGUGCCUGCUGCCCAUGCCACGGAGACGACAACGGCCACCUUGGUGGAGAUAGUUUUGAUGCUGGCAGACGAGAAGACGGAGGAAGGCGACAGCGCUGCGGCAAACUCCCAGGACCGGCUGCCCGGGGGCGGCAGCGGUGUCGUCGAGGGCACCGUGGUCGGGCGUGGACAGCUUCGCCUUGGCUGCUCGAGCUUGAAGGAAGUGGUGUGGGACGCUGCAGAGGGCAGAGUGGAGAGUGGGUGGCGGCUUUACAUGCCUCUCUCGGUGCGGCUGCCUGUGACCGCUGGGGCUGCGCUGCCUCGCGGUGGGUGUGACGCGAGCACCUCUGCUAUCGCUCCAGGCGAAGGGGCGAAGGGUGAGCCGCAGCCCUCUUUGACGUUUUCGCUCGAUCUGUUGAUCUUUACGGCACCGAGCAUGGCUCAGGUCGCUGCAUUGCAGGCUUCCCGGGCCGCGCAGGCCGAGCAGCGUCGUCGCAGCUUGUUUCUUCUCCAGCGCACGGAGGAGGUCCUUGCCGCAUCAGCGACAACCGAUUAUCAUCUUCAUGAGCAGGGGAGUGAGCUCAACAAGCGCGCUUGCGCCAUUGCCGCCGGAGAGCCACGCGCGACGCUGCGCCAGUUUUCGCAGAUGUGGGUGUCACGGAAGCCGUAUCAGCUUCUGCGCGUUCCGCCCAUAGUGAUCUGCGUGGACACGUUUGCCGUGCUUGAUGGCAUACCUUCGACAACAGCAAGGCGUGUUGCUGCGUUGUCCGCCGGCGGCAACAAGAAGGACGGUCCCACACGGCUUUCUCAGACGCUGUGGACAACGCUGCGAAGGCGAAUGGUGCGGCGAGUCAGUACUCAUGACGGGACGGAUGCCGUGCCGUGCCCCAGUCAACGUUGCAGCGGGGGCGGGCUCAGCGGCGGCACGAGCGACGCUGCCGUGUCUGUCGAAGUGCAGGUGUGGCUUGUCGACGAACAGACCGGCGAGGUUCGAGUUCCCGUGUGGACACUUCUCUCCGACGGACCACCACUGCUGCGCAGCAGUGGUGGUGCCGCCACAUGUAACCCCUCGCAUGCACCCUCGUUGGCGUCGCACCUUCACGCCGGCCGCGCCAUCUUGCGCAAUGCUCAGCGCCUCCGACUGGACUGGUGCUCUGAGGACGAGGGAGCUCGCCCGCAGAGCAUGAGCUUGCCCGCGUCGUUGGCGGGUCUUUUAGGCGGCGCCUCUGUGUCCUACAUGGCCACAAACGGAUCGGCGUGCACGUGGGUUAGCGGUGGCCUGCGCCGUCGCUGCGCACAACACACUCGCCACGGCACCUGCCACGCCUUGAGGGUGCAGGGCAAUGCAGGUGGAGGCAACUCUGGCCGUGGAGCUGUUGAGCCCGUCCCCCCGCUCCUGCGAUCCGCCGCCCAUCACACGAGUCCGGGCCGCCGGCGCCGCCAGCCCCUUGUGCCGCCGCCUGCCGCGAGGGUGGACGCACAACCCUCACCACCUCCAGCCCCACCGGGACUUGACUCGUGCACGCCCUCUUGCCAGUUCGACUACGCCCUCUACGGGUCUCACUUCCUGAGCUGCGCAGCGGCUGCGCAGGAUGGGCAGGCAACGACGCCGGUGUGGCGCUGCGAGGCGCACGCCUGCGUGACCAGGUCGUUCCCCGCUGCCUCUCCCAGUGCGACCGCUGUCUCACGGCUGUUUCACAGCGCGACGCUGGUGGGGGGCCGGAUUUGGCUGCUUGGCGGAUGGAUUUCUCCAGCAGGGGCGACGACACUGCCCUCAAUGCUCGCAGCGCUAGUGGGCACAUCGCGGCUUGUGGAGCGCCGACGGCGCGAAGUGCGUCAAGCCGUCACCCACGGCAGCGACAACGCUGCCACGGGCGACCUCCUCUCUCUCGCACCUCUGGCGGAGUGCUCAUUCCGUUGCGCGAGCGCCUCUACACGCAACGCGCGGUGCAGAGCAGACAACGCACCGCCCUCGGCCUCCCUGUGUUGGUGUGAGGUGGUGCAGUCCGUUCAGUGCCUGAACGACGGCUUUCCAGCGCCGCCGGUGGAUGCACCCUCGCCAUCCUCGCAGGCGGAAAACUCUAAGGACGCGGCAGGGGCGACAAGGCGGUUGCUUGCCGCGCCGCCCCGACUGGCCUGCCACGUGGCGGUGGCCUGCGGAGAUCGAUAUGUGGCUGUGUUUGGAGGAUUGAUGGCACCUACCGGGACAGACGAUCGCGCGCCUGUUGCGACGUCGGCUGUGCACAUCUACGACACUGUGCAGGGGACAUGGUCUGCGCAGUACGAGCCCGACACAGGUGACGUGCAAGGCGAGUGGCCCGUGGCCCGCUACGGCCAUUGUGUGACCCCGGUUCCCGGCACCGGCGGCGCGCGGCAGCCCCGCAGCUACUUCGUCUUUGGAGGGGCGACCACAACACCGUCUUGUCGCACAGUCCUGGUGCCGCCAGGGCAACUUCUGUGGAUUUGGACACCCGUGCCAGGUGUCCUCCAACACGGCCGCAGCUGCGCCGUCGAGGAUGUGUCGGUACACAGCGCAUGGAGGCGAGUGCAGCUGCCAGUCGAGCUCACGACGCCGCUUGCCGGCCGUUUCUUGUCGCAGCUGCACGCCUACGCCGCAGUGGAGGUGGCUGCCGCCGUAUGCGGCGCUGAAGAGCCCCUCGAUGAUGGGGCGGCGGUGCCGUCGGACCCUGGGCUGACAUCCAUGCUGCUUUGCGUCGCAGGUGGCAUGACUGCGCCGGCGCUGCACACGGCACCAGCGGCAACGCACGAUCAGUCGCCUUUCGCCACGAAGGCUUCCGCAUCAGACGCGUACCGCGCCUUCUGCGAGUGCGUGGAACCGUGGUUUGCGCACCCGGCGUCUGAUGUGGCGUCUGUGCUGGUGGCGUGCGUCUGUGAACACCAGCAGCAGCUGCCGUCUCUGCCCGCAUACUCUGCACCUUUUUCACAGACACGUACGCGCACACCUUGA